UUUUUGCAAAAAAAUGUUGUAAAAUCGAGAAUGCGGUGAUCGAAACUUGUCCAAUGGUACUUGAUUGAAGGUUCUACCAAUACAACCAUGCGAACACAUGUGAUUGAGUUAAUCAAAGUAAGGAGUAGAAUUGAAAUUAUUCAUAGAGCAUCAACUGGUUUGUUCGCGAAGAACAAAUUGAUUGGACAUUACUAGUUGUGGAGAUCAGAAGUCUAUGAAGGAGUACGAUGCAUGAGGAGUGACUCUGCUGAUGGAUCAUUGGUGGAACUAUAUGGGUUGAUCUUGCAUAAGUCUGGUUGGGAGCGACUAAGUGUUUUUUGGGUUAGAGUUUGUAACUCAGUCUGCUACCUCUCUCUCAUAUAGUGGAUUUUGAUCUGCCAGGAAUAGGUUAUGUGUGUUUUUUUUUCCCUUAUUUAGUCCUAGGGUUUUUUCUCGUAAAUAAUUGUAUCUGUGCUUUAUUUUAUUUAUUGUUUUAUGUGUUUUUGUGAUUGCAAGUGAAAUUAACUAAUUAGUAAAAUUAUAAACAAGGCUUAAUGGUAAAAUAUUUAAUUAGUUGCAGUUUGAUAUCCGUAGAACCUAUUCAACCCUAGGUCUAGUUUAUAGGUCGCAUUCUGGCAUGUCAGAGCCUUGGCCCUUGGGUAAUGGUUACUAGUCUCUUCAGUUCUUUUUGCUAAUGUGAUGGUAGACAUACACACACUUUUAAAGCAUGCCGUUUAUUGUCAGUUACGGUUACUUUCCACAUCACAGUAGUUGUAGUGGUUACAUGUACAGAGCCUGGAAUUGUGUGUGAUGCUACUUGUUUUGUUACUUAUUGUUGCUUCAACUGCUUUAUAUAAUGUUCUAAAUCCCCUUCCACAACCCCAGUUGUUCUUUUGGUUAUGUACAAUCAGAUGAACUUCAGCUUUUAGAGUCUAUUUGGGAUAGGCAUGACAUGAAAAUUAUGUGGAGAUAGGAACUAAUUUUCUGAUUCUCGAGAAUUCGUGAUGAUUUAGACAAGUAAGCCGAUUUGAUAAGUCAGCAGGAUUUAGUACUCUUGGAAAGCCAUCUGUGACAAAGUUCCACAAUAAGAACAGAGUUUCCUUUUAGCCUAUUUCCAUGAUACUGGUUUGGCCUUCAGCUGGGCAAUAAUUUCCUGUUCUUAGCCUUCGGCAUGGGAUCAUGUUCUCAUUAUCUUGAAAUUAUCCCAGUCUCACUGUUGACAACCAUCUUCUCUAAAAGCUUAAGCUAUUAGAGAGGGUGUAAGUGUGUAACUUCAAUAUUUAAAUCAACUCUAAAAGCUUAAGCUAUUAGAGAGGGUGUAACUUUAAUAUUUAAAUACUUCAACACUCACCAACCACAAAUUCUAAAUUUUGCUUGGCUUAAAAAAUUCAUUUGUUGACCUUAAAGACAAAGCCCUUUGUUGCUUCUAUUGAACUUUAUUUUAACUAAAUCAUAUUUAAAUCUCUAAAGAUGAUAAACUUGUAGAAUUAAGUGCCGUCAUGAUCUUAUGUUAUGAAGAACCGGACAUAGUCCGAAAACUUGAAGGACACAUAACCCGCACCUGGAGACAUUGAAAAGAUAGAUAAUUGAUGGGGAUCUUGAGCUGUGUGGUCUACACACUUAUUACAGGCGUAGAUGUAGAGGAUGAUUCUAGUAUUUUUUUUUAUUUUACUUUCCCUAUAUAUUUAGGGUUUACGUUUUCUUAUAUAUUUUGAAUUUUACAUUUCCUUAUAUAUUUAGGGUUUAUGUUUCCUAUUAGAGUUUAUUGUUAUGCAUGUGUAUAUGUGUGAUUGAUAUAUUGUUAGGUACCUUUUUUGUGAUUGAUUAUUGAAUAGUGAUUUCUUCUCCCUCAUUCUUGUUCUCCUCUCAUUCUCUUUCUUGUUCUCCUGAAUUUUGAUAUCGAAGCACCCUUGCCCCCAUCCUACAUCAAUUGGUAUCUAACAAUUGAUCGUGUGUACUCCAAAUUCUCAGGCUAUCUCCGGUUCUUCAUCAUUAUACGUAUAUGUUUUAACAAGCGGCUGAUUUGAUGCUACAAACAUGCUAAAAGAUAAUAUGAAAGAGUAGUGAGAAAUGCUAAGGAAACAACGCAUGGUGAUCUUUCUUUUAGAUUAGUUACAAAGAAUGGGGAGAAGAAUAUAUACAAACUUAAUAAGUUGUGGGAAAAACAGUAUCAAGUGCUCAAGAUCAAGGACCUAAUGGUUUUAGUGAAAGAUGUUGAAAUUAGAGACAUGAGGAAAACUUACUUUAAGAAGCUGUAAAAUGAAUCAUAUAAUUUGCGUGAGUUUAGAAGAAUAUGGUAACCCUAUGGAGAUAAGAGAAACUAAAUUUGUCCAGAUGAUCAAUAUAUGGGAGGUAAAAAAAUUCAUCGAGUACAAUGAAAACAAUGAAGGGCUUUAUACCCCGAUGUCAUUCUGAUUGAGGCUUGGAGGUAUUUACGUUGGUGAUAUGUCUUUGGCUAAUGUUUUUUCAAAAAGAUAAUAAUAACUAAAAAAUUCCUUAUGAGAGGCGUAAAAUUAUCAAAGUUGUUCAACAUCAAAUUAUUGUGAUAUCAAAAUAAUGUCAUACUAUGAAAAUUGGAAGAGAGUGAACAAAGAGUAAUGGGUGAAACUGCAGUGUUGGACAAUCAAUUUGGAUUUAUUUCGGGAGGUCAAGAUGAAAGUUAUUCAAAUAUUGAGGAGAUCAAUAAAAACAUAUAGUGAAAAAAGAAAAUUUUACAGAGGGUGCAAUAGGGGGUCUUAGAGAUAUGAUAUGGUAGAUUUAAAUGAGAAAGAGGUUAAUAAAUUAAUAGCUUUAUAGAUGUGUUAAAGGACCUUAUGAUGAACCAGUGACUAUGGUAGGUUUUAAAUAAGAAAAAAAGUUAAUAAUAGCUAUAUGAUAUGGUAGAUUUUAAAUAAGAAAGAAGUUAAUAAUAGCUAUAUAGAUGUGUUAAAGGACCUUAUGAUGAGCCAAUGACUAUAAUAAGAGCAAUUGGUGGAGAAACAAGUGAAUUCUCAAUUACCAUAGGUUUACAUGUGAGGAUUGGCAUUUAGUCCAUGUCUUUUUGUCUUGGUUGUGGAUGAACUAACAAAACAAAUUUAGGAUGAGAUUCCGUAAUUUAUGCUAUUUAUUGAUGAUAUUGUUUUAAUGAGAAAAUUAGAGGGAUAAGUGCAAAAUAAGAAGUUUGGAGAGAAAUUGUAGAAUUAAGAGCAUUUAAUAUAAGUAGGACUAAAGUUGAAUAUAUGGAAUGUGAAUUUGGUAAAACUAAAAGGACAAGAAGGGAUAUAUUGAAAAUCGAGACUCAAGAGGUACCAAAAAGCAAAAAUUUCGUGACCUAGGCGCGGUUAUGCACAGAGAGGGAGAAUUAAAGACAAUGUUAGCCAUAAAGUUAAAAGCAGGAUGGGUGAAAUACAUGAGUGCUUUUGGCGUCUUAUGCGUUAAAAUUUAUAAAAUUGAUAUUAACUAGUCAUAAUUUAUGAGCUAAAAUGCAGUGUAGCUAAGAAACAAUACAUUUGUAAAAUGAGUGUGACAGAUACGUGAAUAUUGAAAGAAAAAAAAUUGUGAAAAAAAUAAAAUAAAAAAGGAACACAUUGAUGAGUUAAAAUUGAUAUUAGGCUGUUAAUGAUUUACGAGCUAAAAUGUUGGGUGGCUAAGAAACAAUAUAUUUGUAAAGUAAAAAAAUUUAUAAUAAGAAAGAAGAAGAUAAAGUUCAAAAGCAAUGCAUUUAUGAGAUGGUUGAACUGUUGAAGUGGCAUCCAUUCGAGAUAAAAUGAAAGACAACUAAUUAAGAUGGUUUGACGAAGUGCAUUGAUUUCAAUAAAUGUACCAUUUAGGAAACAUGAAGUGAUACUUGUUAGGGUAAUGCUAGGGGAUGGGAAGAGCAAAACUGACAUUGGUUGGGGUAGGUAGGAAAGAUAUGAUAGUAUGUGGUUUAACGGAGAUUAUGACCUUACAUAGAAUAGAGUGAUAAAAUUGGAUUUAAGACAAGUAGGAAUAUAAUUGAACAUUUGGAAUGGAACUUUAUUAUAUUUAGAAAUACAAAUAGGGAUGUACUGAAGAUUGAUGAUCAAGAGAUACCAAAAAGUGAGCAUUUCCAUUAUUUAGGCUCGCUUAUUCGCAGCGAAGGAGAAAUUGGGAAUGAUGUCAAGAAUAGAAUCAUGGCAUGAUGGGUCAAAUGGAAGAGCAUGCCUAAUAUGUUGUGCUAUAAAUAUAUAUGUUCAAGAUUGAACAGGAUGUUCUAUAAAGCAACUAUUAGACCAAUUAUAUUUUGUGAUACAGAAUGUUGGAUGGUUAAGAAACAACAAAGGCCUAAAACAAUUAAACAAGUGUGAGGGAAAUGUGAGAUGGAUGCACGACAAGAGAAGAAAUGAUAGAACUAGAAACAAACAUAUUUUGUGAGAUAGUUGAAGUGACACCAAUUGAAGAUUAAUGAGAGAAAAUCAUCUUAGAUGAUUUGAAUACGUGCAAAGAUGGUCACUAAGUAAACACCAGUGAUGACGAAUUAAAUGGUCCACAUUGAAAGUAAUGUUAGGUGAAGGGAAAGAGAGAAAUUUUCAUGUGUAGAGUUGGUAAGAAAAAAUAUAGUUACAUGUGAUUUGGGAGGUAGCCUUGAGAGUAGAAUGGAAAAAUAUGAUUCAUCUAGCUGACCCCCAAGUAUUUGGGACAACUCUCUCUCUCUCUCUCUCCCUUCCAAACUGGCAAAGCAUAACUUGUCUUGUUGGAGUUUGGUUUUCAGUUAAGACAUUUCUUGAUGUGGCAUUUCUACGUUCGUUAGCCUAUUAAAUUUUCUAUGAAACAAAAGAAAUAAUUUUACAUGUAAAUCAACGUGGAAAUUGAUUUCAGCACUUUCCUGAGUUUGAUAUUGGUACUACUGUGAAAUGGUUUACUAUUACAUUACCGACACAAAUGAUCUUUUACUGGAAUUGUUCUUUCACUUUUUAUUGGAACUGCCAUGUGGUGAAAUUCCUUAUUACUGGAGUUCUAUGUUAUGUUAUUCGUUUGGUGUGUGCUUGUUAUACACAGAACAUUAUGGAACAAUUCAAGGGUGUUUGUUCAUUAUCACGUGAUAUGUGGUUCUUUGUAUACAACAGUGUUACCUCAUUAAUAACUAGGAAUGUUAUCUUUGUUUCUUCUUGGUGUGUACUCAUUUUUCUUUACUAAUUAUUUGCUGACAGUUAAAUAUGCUAGUGUUUCUAUGACAGUUUAUUGGUAAGAAACAAUCUCACAAGGAACAGUUUGAGCUGAUCCUUUACAGUCUCUGUCCGAUGGUGGACUCAAAGCGAAGUUGCUCAGCCAAGUUAAGUGGUCGAGUGAGCAAGGGACUGGUUGAUUUGCCACAGGAGAUAAUCUCUGAUAUCCUGUCUAGACUUCCAAUAGAGUUGAUCUUGACAUGCAGAAUUGUUUGUAGGAGCUGGAAUCACUUGACUCAAGAUCCUGAUUUUGUCAAUUUGCAGCUUAGUAGAUCAAAUUAUCAGCCAACCCUCAUUAUUGAACCACUGCCUGCGAGUGGUAUUAAUUUUACCGUAGACCAUCUACUUCUACUGGAUGCUGAGCAUAAAAUUAAACGGAUUCCCAUUGAGAGUAUGCUGCUGGAAGAAUAUGAAAUUAUGUGUUCAUGCAGUGGAUUGCUCUGCUUAUCUCCAAUUACCAAGCUAGAUCCUAUGGUUAUCUAUAAUCCUAUGACAAGACAGCGCAUGAUUUUGCCAUCAUUGGAUUGUGAAGCAAUAAGAAGUCAUGAGGAUGGUUUUUUAAGAAGUCAUGAGGCUGGUUUAGGCUAUGAUCUCUCAACGGGCAGGUACAAAGUUGUCCGAGAAUAUAAAUAUGGAAAUGAAUCCAGCAGGUUUGAGAUUCUUUCACUUGGAGAAAGUUCAUGGAGAGAAUUAAGUGCUCCUCACAGUCUAAAUGAUUGUUACUGGGAUGGAUCUCCGUCACUGUUCUGGAAUGGGGCCCUCUACUGGAAAAUAAUAAAAGAUUCCAAUGGAGAUUGUAACAUCAGCAUCCUUGCCUUUGAUUUAAGUGAGGAGAAGUUUCAAAUUCUCUCUUUUUCAAAUAAAUUUUCCUUUCCUUGGUCUUCUUGUGACUUGCUAGAUUUGGAUGGACGUUUAACUUUAGUAGAACAUAAAUAUGAUACUAAUAUGAUGAAACUAUGGAGAUUAUCAGGAAAGAAGGUUGGAGAUUUUUCUCUGUGUCUGGAACAGAUAUAUGAUACCCAUGUGAAGUGGACUUCUGAGAUGUCUCCUAUGGUGAUUAGUGGGUUAAACAACAAUGGUUACUUACUAUGUGUAACUCUUUGGAAGGACGGAGCCCAGAGGACAUAUAUCACUAGGUAUUUUCCUCAAAAUGCAGAGUACUGGCAUUUGGACAUCCCAGUCAUUACUGAAUUGUUCAACACUUACUCUUUUAGACCCAGCCUUGUAUCUCCAGUUGCAGCUUCACUUCUUCCAUAAAGAGUAAACACUUGUUGGUUGGAUCGGGACUACUGACUGGUCAACUUCUUUUUUUGGGAAGUACUGAAGUCUCCGAAAAAUUACACAAGCUGGGUUGAGGCGCCAUCACUAUUUGAAAGGGGCGUCCCCAACGGUCUCACAGAACAGAGAGGUAAUGUACUCAGCAUUGAGUACGGGUUUAACCGAAUACCAGAGGUAUCAGGGAGGACCACAGGUAGAGCGAUGAUGGGGGAUCAAGGUAGGACUCUGGGUUAUGACGCACCACAAUACCACAUAGUAACUGUACAUGUCAGGAGGGCGUGAGAUCAAUCAUAUAGUUCAAGGUCACCAACUACCGGAAACAUGAGGAACAAGACAAUGCACGCCCAGGCAUGGUAGUUGUAGUGGCAAGGGUAGUACCAGGAAGUAUAGAAUAAACGUAAUCCGCGGCACACUACACCGAGUCAUAUCGGUUAUAGGCUUUUGUGUUAGUUUUUGUUUUCAAGUAGAAACUUGUACUCUAUAGUUAAGUCUUGGGGAUAAUUUAUUGUACAAGUUUGAUAGAGGUUGCCCCAUCUGGUUAUGUAUGUACUGUACUGUUGUUCUGUUGAUAUAAUUUUCUUACUAAAAAGAAAAGAAAAAGUAUUAGCUGUAUAUGCAGUCUAAUAUAUAUUUUGUUGGGAAAACUUGCUAUUACAUGUCGAUCAUCUUAAUUUUCUCUCAUUGUUGGAACACUGUAUUUAUAAUACGUUUCAGAUGAGAUGAAGCUUGGAAUGGGAGACUGCUGCUGAACGCGCCACUGCGAUCUGCAUCCGUUAUCAAAGUGAAGUGCUCAAACUUCUUUUUGCUCCAGCUUUCUUUGCUUUGAAAAUUUUCUCCCUCCACUUCUUCUUUGCUUACCAAACUCUGCAACUCACCCAUUCACAUUAGUUAUAUGAUAUAUAUACAUACGUUCAAGAUGCAGAUAAUGCAAAGCAGAAGCCAGAUUGAUUGCAAUAUAACUCUUCCGUGUAAGGAAGUCCAAAUUACUCUGUUCGGAAUUCUCCAUCUCCCUCGAAAAGGCAUGCCUGAAAUGUGAUAGGUCUGUCUGGUGUAAAAGAUACUAUUGUUCAAAAACAGGAAGACACGAGAAAAAGAAGCUAACUGCUACUCGAAGAGGCCACACCGACAAAACAGACGAUGGUGACGAAUCAAUGUAUACCCAAAGUGGACUCUCUCAAAAGGUAUUGUAUACAAAUGGAUCACUAGUCUAAAAUUUUUAAGAUGUAAAUCCAGUAAGAUAUAAAUGUACUUGUAGCCCUCAACACCUAGAGGUGCAGAGCAUGUAGAAUAAAAGUGGGUAUUUGGGUGGAAAUCCAAGAGGGAGUGUUUUAAAUCAUGGUGGGUAGAUGCCAAGCAAAAGUUUUUUUUUUUUGGCUCCAUUAAAUAUGUAUAAAUAUAGUGGUAAAGAAACCAAAAACUUUAGAGAGAAAUAGUUUGGCUAUAUUCUGUUGCAUCUACAACAUCAUUUGUACUUGUGUGACUCAUAGAUGUAAAGACUCGU